GCUUUGUUUGAAUGGGGGAACAUUCCACUUUACUCAACCCCACCUCACCCCGAAUACUGAUUAAAUUAAAGCUCCCGCUCCGUGCUCCAAAUGUCCCCCAAUCUGCUGCUCGCCGUGAUGCUGAUGGUGCUGCUGCUGCCCAUGGCUGCCGGGUACAACUACUGCAACAACAGGACCCAUCUGUGCGACCUGGCCGGGAGUAAGCACUUCAUGUGCAAGCUGGAGGAGCUGAAGCCCUACGGAGGCCGGACUAAGUACCACGCCAGCAUUCCGGACACCAAGAAGGUGCGCAAGGAAAUACUGGGCGUGCUCAACACCUUCCGGAACAUGUUCGCCGGCGGGGAACUGGACCUACCCGAGAACAAGACAUUCCCCAGCGCCAAGCGGAUGAGAGUGCUCAUUUGGGACAGUGAGCUGGCCUACACGGCACGCACCCACGCCGCCACCGUGUCCUUCAUGCACUCCGAGUGCCGCGCUACCGUGCGAUUCCCGAUGACGGGUGAGAUCCUGGUCCUGUCGCCUCCUACCGAGCACAAGUUCAGUCUAACGGAGUUGCUGGGCAUUGUCUUCGGCCAGGUUUUCGACGAAUACAAGACUGUAAGGGAUCCGCAGAAUUUCCCCAAAACCCUUGAUUCCGAAAGGCACUACCGCGCGGGGCACUUCUCCCUCAUCGUCAACGAUCGGAUGUCUCGAGUGGGUUGUGGGAUCUCCGUGGGUUCCAACUGCGAAAGGGACGGCGAAGUCGGCUUCUGCCACUUCCUCACCUGCCACUUUGAUCGCACGAACGUGAACGGAACCUUUGUCUACAAGACGGGCAAAGCUGCCACUGGCUGCAACGACUGGAAGAGCACCGCCAGCAUCAAGUAUGCGAAUCUAUGCGAAAACACUGGCGAAAUCUUUCCCCGGGAAGAUUAGCGACGUUAGUCCUUUAAUUUGCCGAACUUAUUGAAAAUCGUUUCAGACUGCCGUUCCUUUUAAUUCACGUUCUUAAUCAUAAAACGAUCUUUAGAUAUUCAAGGACCCUCCAGCAAUCGAAGGUCCUUUUCCCUUUACAUCACAACUCAUUCAAGUUAGAAGUUUCCCUAACUGUUUAAAUUCCUAGUAAAAUGAUUU